UUGUAAGAUCUCUCUCUCUCUCUCUCUCACUCUCCCUCCCUGCGUGCGACAAUGGCUCUCCUCGCGAAGACCGCCCGCCUCUCGCCGCACCUCCGCGCCCUCUCCCUCCACACCACCGCCCCUUCCCUCUCCGCCGCCGCGGCGGCGGCCGGCGGCGGGGCCGCGCCCACUCCGGCCCCCUACGCCCGCGCCCCGCCUCCCUCCGCCUCCUCGCCGCCCCCGGGCCUCUCCAAGGCGGCGGAGUACGUGAUCUCCAAGGUGGACGACCUCAUGAACUGGGCCCGCCGCGGCUCCAUCUGGCCCAUGACCUUCGGCCUCGCCUGCUGCGCCGUCGAGAUGAUGCACACCGGCGCCGCCCGGUACGAUCUCGACCGCUUCGGCAUCAUCUUCAGGCCCAGCCCUCGCCAGUCCGAUUGCAUGAUCGUCGCCGGCACGCUCACCAACAAGAUGGCUCCUGCUCUCCGCAAGGUUUAUGACCAAAUGCCGGAGCCGAGGUGGGUAAUCUCUAUGGGAAGCUGUGCUAAUGGUGGUGGUUACUACCACUAUUCCUACUCCGUCGUUCGUGGUUGUGACAGGAUCGUCCCUGUUGACAUCUAUGUUCCUGGUUGCCCUCCUACUGCUGAGGCCUUGCUUUAUGGUCUACUCCAGCUGCAGAAGAAGAUCAACAGGCGCAAGGAUUUCCACGUCUGGUGGACCAAAUGAGGCUCUUGUAGUUGUUUAUGUUCCUGGAAGCUUCGGUUGUGUCCUUAUUGGAUGAUAAAUAAGAUCGUGGUGGCUUUUCCUACCUUGGUAAAUGGUAUGUAAAAGCGAAAGACUUGGGAAUCACCGUGACCAUGAUUUUGGGGUGUUCUUUAUGGCAAAUUACUGAUGCAUUACAAA